AUGGUUGUACCAUCUCCUUCACCAAUACGAACCAAGAAAACCAAGGCAGUAGGAAUUCCCACAAUCGAUCUAUCAAAUUACAAUAGGUCAAAGCUAUCGGAACAAAUUGUCGAGGCCUGUGAAGAGUAUGGUUUCUUCAAGGUGGUGAACCACGGCGUCCCGAAAGAGGUCAUUGAGAGAAUGGAAGCACAAGGUGCUGAUUUUUUCGCCAAACCCGCCAUGGAGAAGCAACGAGCUGGCCCGGCUUGUCCUUUUGGUUAUGGCUGCAAAAACAUUGGCCGCAAUGGUGACAUGGGAGAGCUUGAAUACCUUCUCCUUCAAACCGAUCCUCUCUCUGUUUCUGAGAGAUCCAAUGCCAUCUCCAACGAGCCUACAAAAUUCAACUGUGCAGUAAAUGAUUACACAGAAGCAGUUAAGGAAUUGGCAUGUGAGAUUCUUGAUCUGGUGGGUGAGGGGCUAUGGGUUUCAGACAAGUCUGUGUUCAGUAGGUUCAUCAGAGACGUCCAGAGUGACUCAAUUCUGAGGCUUAAUCACUAUCCUGCGGUGAAGGACCCAUCACCAAAACAACAGCUUCAUCUGUAUGGCAACAAUAAUAGGAUUGGAUUUGGAGAGCAUUCUGACCCUCAGAUCUUGACCAUCCUAAGAUCCAACAACGUGGGGGGCCUUCAGAUUUCACUGCAUGAUGGCUUGUGGGUUCCCGUCCCUCCUGACCCCAAUCACUUCUUUGUAAUGGUUGGUGAUGCAUUACAGGCUUUGACGAAUGGGAGGUUAGUAAGUGUGAGACAUAGGGCAUUGGCAAACUCAGUUAUGAAGCCAAGGAUGUCGAUGGUGUACUUUGGGGCACCACCCCUAAAUGCAUGGAUGUCUCCACUUCCGGAGAUGGUGUCGCCGGAGAAGCCCAGCCUCUACAAGCCCUUCACAUGGGGAGAGUACAAGAAAGCAGCAUACACUACACGAUUGGGAGAUUCACGUCUCGACCAUUUCAAGAUUAAUAAUAAUAAUAAUCACACCUGCAACGAUCAAAUUCCAUGUCCAUGCUUGGACAAUCUUGUACAAUAA